AUGGCUGAGGCUCUUGGGGUUUCGGUUGUUCGGGAGCCUGAUUAUCCCUAUAAUGAGUCUCCUCUUUUAGAUGUUGUCAUGUCGUCUAUCCAGUGGGGUGGUUUCCCUUUUGGUGAGCCUGUUCAUGUUGUUGCUUCCAUAAAUACCACCUUCCUUAGAAAAAGGGCUACUGACUUGAGGGUUGCUCCUUCACAUCCUAGAGAUGCGUCAUAUGGUGCUGUUCUCCCUCCUCCCUCUUCUACAGGUGCUGAUGCUGCUGAGACAUCUGGUGCUGCUACUGCUAAUGUUGAUGUUCCUCCACCGACUACUUCAGAUGAUUUAGACAUUCAACUUGGAAAUAGAAACACUAACACCAUAUUUGGUAAGAAACAAAAACUGGAGGUUCAACAGCAAUUAAAGCGCCUUAACAAGCCCGCUCUUAAAUCCAUCGAGAGCCCGGAUGGAGAUAUAAUCGACUGUAUAGAUAUCUACAAGCAGCCAGCUUUUGAUCAUCCUUUGUUAAAAAAUCACACAAUUCAGAUGAGACCAAGUUCUUACCCAGAAGGGUUUUCAUUUGAUGAAAUCAAUGACAUCUCUUUAAACUCCGAGCCCGAAUUUACUCAGCCAUGGCACUUGAAUGGAAGGUGCCCAGAAGGAACUAUUCCCAUAAGAAGAACUAAAGAAGAAGAUUUAUUAAAGGCAGGCUCUGUAGCAAAUUUUGGAAGGAAAAAAUACCAUACCAUCCCUCAUGCUCAGAAUAAAAUUGAUCUAACUGCCCAUGAGUAUGCAACGUAUGGUGAGGCUGGAGAUAAGUAUUAUGGAAUGAUGGCAGAGAUGAACCUGUGGAACCCCCAUACCCAGGAAGAAAAUGAGUUUAGCUUAUCUCAAUUCUGGUUGCAAAAGGGUGAAUAUGGUCAAGAUUAUGAUUCCAUUGAAGCCGGCGCGAUGGUUUACGAACAUCUAUAUCAAGAUAGAAACACUAGACUCUUCCUAUAUUGGACUGAUGAUGGAUAUCAAAGCACAGGUUGCUACAAUUUGAUGUGCCCUGGCUUUGUUCAACUUGACAAACAGAUUGCGAUGGGUGCAAGAGUCACCCCUUAUUCCAAGUAUGAUGGUGACCAAUUUGCACUCAAGUUCUAUGUUUGGAAGGACGUUAAUGGAAGGGGAGACUGGUGGUUGAAAAUUAACAACAGAGACUUUGGAUAUUGGCCAUCUUCCAUAUUCUCGAUCCUGUCUGAUAGUGCUGCAAGAGUUAGAUGGGGAGGAGAGGGGUCCCCAAAAAACUACGACAUUCAUGUCGAAACCCAAUUGCUAUAA